AUGUUGGCUGUCGGUGUGGUCUGGGCAGCCAGUGGGUUCAGUGAGUUUUUUGUAAGAAGUAUGUUGUCUGUCGAUGGGAUGGUGGGUGGUCUAGGCAGUCGGUGGAUUCAGUGGGUCGUAGUUGUCUUGAUGGAGUUACAGGUUGUCGUUGUUUUGGCUGGAGAUGUUACGUCUGCAUUUCAUGGCCCCAGAAGGUUUUUGUUUCGGCAUUCAUUGGGCCGACUUCAGAGCGAGGAGGCACAGUUUGUGAGAGCUGAGAAGAAUGUAAAAGAGUUGAAUCUUUCUGUUGACUUAAUGAAGAAUGAGAGCAGAAAAUUGCUUGAAAGGGCAGCUCUUGCUGAAAAAGAAAUGAAACGUGGCCAUGCUGAGCUCAUGGAUGCUGCAAGUCAGAUUAAAGGUCUUGCUAAAUUGGUUUACAAUGCAGACGCUGACGCUGCUGAUCUGAUGGACCUGCUACGUGAGAUUCCUGGUAGGGAGGCUUUGAAAUUAAGAGCAGAGGUUGCUUCCAUGGCAUCAUUUGUUCGACAACAAAAGAAAGAAAUGGAGAAACAGACUAUGAAGAUUUCAGAAUUAGGUAUUCCGGUGUGAUUGAUAUUGAAGAUACCAGUGUUAUUCAUAUUGUUAGGUUCCUUCCUCUGUUUAAUGUGGCCUUCUGUUAUCAAUUGACCUUUGCUUGGUGUAAUUAGAGUGGAUGCCUGUAAUUGAACUUUUGCUUUUGGUAUUUUUAGAAUCUGGUGGUCUCUCGGGCUCUCGUCAGCUUUAUUCGUAAG